AACUAACGGAGGGGACGACGUGGGAAGUGGCGCGAUGAAAACGGAAGCGCGGCUUUCGUGUGUAGUCGUCACGUUUUUAGCUUGUUUUACAUUAACCUGAGAGGGAAUUCCUGCUUAUUCACGAUGGAAUCGGUAAACUACGUAGCCAAACUGAACGAGUACGCACACAAAGUGCGCGUAACGGUGAAUUAUGAUGAAGUUGGCUCUAUUGGUCCCGACCACAUAAAAACGUUUACUUUAAGAGCGGUCGUGGAUGGGAAGUCAUAUGCUGCUGGUGAUGGGAAGAACAAGAAAGAAGCCAAACAAAAUGCUGCUAAAAACGCCCUGAUGGUCUUAUUGGAUGAAGCCAUUGAGUCUACAGAACAUUUGGUGGAAGCAUCUCCAGUCGCAGCAAGUCAGCUCAAAACCUUCAACUGCAUAGGUUGGCUCAAUGAAUAUGGCCAGAGAAACCAUCUGUCUAUUAAACCAGAGGAGACAACCAGUCUCGGACCAAACAUGGCAACUCAUAGGUGCAGGUUUGUGGUGGAUGGGAAGGAGUACCCAGCUGCUUCCGGGAGAACGAAGAAGGAAGCUAAAGAGGAAGCCGCUAAGCUAGUAUAUCAGGAGAUAACUGGCAGCAAAACUUUAGAUGCUAGAGGUGGAGACAGCGGUAUGUCGAGUCUCCACGAAUCAGAGAAAUCUGUGUCACAUAUCAGGCGAGCACAAACAUUUCCUUUAAUUCUUCCGUAUUAAAUGUGCAAAUUCCAUUUUCCUUUACCUCUAUGUGGUUUACAGUCAGGUUUAUUCUUCUCAUUUUGUUUCAGUGAUCAGAUAACACGCUUGAGCAUAAAGAACGACAACAUCAGCGCUUCAGACACAAACAUUUUAGAACUGAUCCACGGUUUCUGUCAGAGAACGAGGCGCUCUUGUGUUUUUAAAGAAGAGAAGCGAUGCGGCCCCUCACACUGCCAAAUAUUUUUCUUCAGAUUAGUGAUGGACAACAAGGAAUACCCUGUUGGUGAGGGUAAGAGCAUCAAGGAGGCCAAACAACACGCUGCUCAGCUGGCCUGGCCUGCUCUUAAAGAGCAACCGGGCUGGGACAGCAAGAUUGCUGCGUCUGAUGAAGGUUUACAUGUGAAAGGAUCUCCUCCAUCAAGUUUACAGGACGCUGGACAUGGAGAGUCCAAAUGCAUGGCACCAACUACAGGAGGCAGUGAUGUUUUCAAGGAUUCACCUAAAACCCCCAAUCAGAGGGUUCAGAGUCCUGGCGCUAAACCCAAAAUAAAACUUGCACCAAAUUUCCACCAUCUUGAUGACCGCAGUAAAGAGGGUAUAAUUAAUUUUGAAGUUAAGGAGAAAAGAGAUUCUCACAGAGCAAAAACCCGAACCACUGCAUCAUUUUCAAGUAAUAACAGGUUUAAAGAGGACUAUGACUCUAUGGAGCGCCUCGGAAAAGGAAGUUUUGGUCAUGUUUUCAAGGCAAGACACAAACUGGAAGAUAAGUUUUAUGCAGUGAAGGUUGUACACUACAAAAAAGAAACUCUACAAGAGGCGAUGGCUUUGUCGGAUCUCAACCACUGUAACAUUGUUCGGUACCACUCGUGUUGGAUCAGCGACGUGGACCAUCAGUGGGACUCUUCAGCUGAAAGCAGCAGCGCCUCACAGUCCUCCACUGAUUCGCCUGCGAAGCUCCUCUACAUGCAGAUGGAGUUGUGUGCAGUAAAAACUCUGAGGGUGUGGAUAGACGAGAAAAACAUUCAGAAUCCAAAGAAAUCUCUGAGAGACUCUAAGAGGAAAGAAGAAAGUCUGAUCAUUGCGCUGCAAAUCGUCAGCGGAGUCGAGCACAUUCACUCCAGGAUGCUCAUCCACAGAGACCUGAAGCCCGCUAACAUCCUGUUCAGUCAGGACAACACAGUGAAGAUCGGAGACUUUGGUCUUGUUACUCCUGAAAUUGAAGAUGAUACAAAGAACCAGAAAGAGAGGAGUGAAUACAAAGGGACUCCAUCCUACAUGGCACCUGAACAGAGAGGCAGGGUCCUUUAUGACCGGAAAGUGGACAUAUUUGCUUUAGGGCUGAUUUAUUUUGAACUCCUUUGGAACUUGCCUAUCAGUGAAAAGUGUGAGAUUUGGAAUGAUGUCAGAAGCCAGAAACUUCCUCAACAAUUUAUUUUUCAUUUUAAUCAAGAGAGCCAGAUGAUCAAAUCCAUGCUGUGCGAUAACCCAGAAGGACGCCCAGAAGCGAGUCAAAUUAAAACAGACAUAGAAGAUUAUAAAACAUCACUGGAGAAGAUUAAAACUAUGCAAACAGACAGUAGGACAGUCUGAUGAUGUUAGAGGAAAUGUGGUUUAUUGAGUCAACAUCCAAAUUCAUGAUUAUGUGUUUCUGAGAGGUCCUUUAACUGCUGAGAGAAAACAACUUUUUUUACGUUCAUUUACCUUCCUGUUGGUUUGAAAUGGGAAAUAUCUUUGGAUGAGAAAUCGGUUUCAAAAAUAUAAAUGUAGGUCCCAGCUGAUGGGCCUUUCAGCUAGAUUUUAACCAGAUGUGUCAUAUUUAUCAGCUGCUAAAAGGUCGUUAAUACCAGGAUGUGUAAUGGCCCAUACAGUCAGGUCCAUAAAUAUUGGAACAUGGACACAAUGCUAACAUUUUCGGCUCUAUACACCACAAUGGAUGUCAGAUAAAACGAACAAGAUGUGCUUUAACUGCAGACUGUCGGCUUUUAUUUGAGGGUUUUUACAUCCAAAUCUGGUGAACGGUGUAGGAAUUACAAC